AUUUUAAACUCGUCUCAGAUAAUCUUUUCAGCAAGGAAAAUGUCACGAGAUAAAAUAGUGUUGCUUUUGUGGCUUAAUUUUUUUGGCAUUUCUUUUGGAAGAACAGACGAAAUUUUCCUGAGGCACAGUACAACACGUUAUGAUCUUAUAGAAGUUUCCAUGGCAAUUUGGUCGGGUUUUCUUCCCCGCCUCAUGGAGUGUAGCUCCAAAUGUUCACAGGAACCCAACUGUUUGUCGUUAGUGUAUGACAAAUUCUAUGCGUCUUGUCACCUCUUUAAUGUCAUUUACGAAAGUGACGACAAUGGAGACAUUAACUACUGGGUCUUGGAGACCAGAAGCACUCGUUGGGGUCCAAAGUCGUGUGCUGAUAUUAAUAAAUGCUCGGGCAUUACAAGAGAUGGGGAGUUCUGGAUUUACCCACCUGCAGCUAAUGGGAAACGUACCAAGAUCUAUUGUCAUAAUAUGUCCACUGAGCCGUCCCAUUUCGUCACUUUAAAAAAUAAUAACAGUUUUAUUAUUCACGACGAAACAAAUUUUUUGUUUGCAUACGUAUUAGAUAACAAAUGUAAAUCGUCAUUUAACCCUCCUUUGAAAAUGGUGGAAUUUUCAAAAGUGAAAGUACAGAUAGAGGACAUGCUGAUAAAUAGAACCGAUUUAACGUUCACAACUACGACAGGUUCAUACAAGUUUGCUUACGGAGGGACAGCAGAUUGUAAUGGAGAGGACAUUAUUAACACCUGCCAUCACUUUGGCAAAGCAAUCAUUAACACGAGAGGAACAGGGCUGAUUGUUGACCCUACACUUGCUUUUGGGGCUACUGGGUUUCGUGCGAAGACGUAUGGUUUACUCCGGUCAGUGGACGGAGCCGAGAUUUCCUACGGUUGCGCUGGAUUUUGCGGUUACUGUGGACCAUCUAGAUCAGUUCGACUGGAACAUACAAGAGAAUUUAUUUCAGUCGCCGAAGCGAAAGCUAUUGUUUGUCAGCACUGAGGUAUUUUUCCCUGAGGUAAUUCGGUAUAUAUAUAUAUAUAUAUAU